AUGGCAUUCCAUGGCAGUGGCAAGGGGAAAGGGAAAGCUGUAGCUGAAAGCAGCGGCGAGCCAUCCAGUGUGGCCUGUGGGUCAUCUAACACAUAUGUGGUUACUACUGGAGGGAGGCAGAUACAAUUGAAAGGAGCAAUUGAGGAUACAUGGAGCCAUGGGACACCGUGUGGUAAAAAUGGCUUCAAGUGUGGCUACUGUUCUGUAGGCCAGCAAAGUGGAGGGUGGACCCACCUAACGCAGCAUUUGUGUGGAUUACCCGGUAAUGUGAAGUCAUGUUCCCAUGUGCCACCUAAUGUUAAGAACAUAUUGCUGAAACAAGUAGCAUUAGCGAAGCAAAAGAAGAGGGAUGUUAGAGAAACUUGUCUUGAGAAGGCACUCAUGGAGCAUGAUUACAGAACCACUUUGGCUAGCCUUGACGAAGAGUCACAGAGACAAAGCUCGCUUCACAGUUUCUACCAGAACCCAAGUUCAUCAAAAGCUCCCUUUAAUAUAGACUUGGCACGUAGUAAGGCACCAUCACAGCCUCUAAUUGACAUUAUGCUUAGUUGGGAUUCCAAGCUUAAGCUUGCUUGGUCUAAGUUUUUCCAUGCCAAUGAUAUUCCUGGAAGGAAAGCUGACUGCCCCUACUUUCAAUCGGCAGUUAAAUUGAGUCAACAACUUGGGGAAGUGCUUAUCCCAAAAGGAAAAGAAAUAGAUGGUCCAUUGGUAGAACAUAAUUUUAAUGACUUGAAAGCUCACAUGGAAUCUUUUAGGGAAGAUUGGGAUCGAUUUGGAGUUACCCCCAUGUGUGAUUCAUGGACAAGCACUAGCAUGAUGUGUAUUAUUAACUUUAUGAUCUUUUGUGAUGGCCACAUGUUCUUUCACAAGACCGUGAAUGCAACUGGUGAGGUCCAAAAUGCAGAAUUCAUUUAUGGUUGUAUUAGUAAGGUUGUUGAGGAUGAGAUUGGUUCCAAGUGUAUCAUUCAAAUUGUGAUGGAUAAUGAUUCCAAUUACAAGAGAGCAUGCAAAAUGCUCAUUGCUAAGCAUCGACAUAUUACAUGGCAGCCAUGUGCUGCACAUACUAUAAAUUUGAUGCUGAAGGACAUAGGGCGAUUUAAUGAGGUUGAGCAUGUAGUGAAGAGUGCAAAGCGCAUAAGUAAUUUCUUCUAUAACAAUAACAGAUUUCAUGCUAUGAUGAGAGAGAUGAUUGGUGGAGAGCUGAUCCGGUGGAAUGCCACUAGAUUUGGCACAGUGUUCUUGUGCUUGCAGAGUUUUUUUGAUAGGCAGGAUGAGUUCAAGGCAUGGAUGCUGCUGCACUUGAUCCUCAAGAAUCAUACAGUUCGCUUAUUGAAACCAGGACAAUGCUUUUUGGAGAAGCUUGGUGGCAAGCAGACUACUCUCUUAGCCCUGCUUCCGAUGUUGCAGGAUGUGUACAUAGGUUGCUGA